UGCGUCACUGAAUGAAACUGCUGUGAACAGCACCAUGGACAGUGCCACUAUGGACAGAGCCAACCGCACCUACAUGCCUUACUACCUGCACUCCACCGGCAUGUCUGUCAUCUAUAUCCUGUGCUAUAUGGCGGUUCUCCUGCUCUGCGUCGGGGGGAACGUGCUGGUCUCCCUGGUGGUCCUCCGGAACCGCAACAUGCGCUCUGUCACCAACCUCUUCAUCCUCAACUUGGCCAUCAGUGAUCUGCUCAUUGGAGUGUUCUGCAUUCCAACGACUUUGAUUGACAGCCUAAUAUCAGGAUGGCCGUUUGGCCAGAUUACAUGCACCAUGAGCAACCUGGUCCAGGGGAUGUCAGUGUCAGCAUCAGUCUUCACUCUGGUGGCCAUAGCUGUUGACAGGUUCACAGGUAUUGUGUACCCCUUUAGACACCGAAUGAGGCCUGUGACUGCUCUCGUCACCAUCCUCUUCAUCUGGGUGCUGGCGUUUGCUAUAAUCUGCCCCUCGGCUGCUACCCUGACCAUCAUUCACCUGGAAGACACCUACCUGGUCCAGGACAACCAGACAUACCCUGUCUUCGUCUGCUUUGAGAAAUGGCCCCAGCCUGAGAUGCGUCGUGUCUACACCAUGGUCAUCUUCGUGCACGUGUACCUGGCCCCCCUGGGUGUUAUCAGCAUCAUGUAUGGCUGCAUCGUUGCCAAGCUCUCCGUCAACCUGAGGCAGGUGAGGCUGGCAGAGGUGCGGAGGGCCCAUUCCCAACGCAGGGUUAAAGUGAUCAACAUGCUGAUCAUGGUGGCAGUGCUCUUCAUGGUGUCAUGGCUGCCUCUGUGGACGCUGAUGCUGCUGACUGACUACAGGGAUCUGGACACGCAGCAGAUUGACUUCCUCAGCAGCUACCUGUUCCCUGUGGCCCACUGGCUGGCCUUCUUUAACAGUGGGAUUAACCCCAUCAUAUAUGGCUUCUUCAAUGAGAACUUCCGCAGGGGGUUCCAGGCUGCAGUGGCCUGCAGGGCCUGUUCACAAAAAACAACAACAGGGGUGGUUAAUACACGCUUCAACUUCCCGCCCCCUAACAGAGUAUUUAACGAGAACCCUGAGUCUUCUGGUGGGAGGAAAGGCCACUGCUCUAAGGGCACUCCUAAGGUUAUCCCACAUGCAACCAAUGGAAUCCUCCUAGAUGAUAUUAACAGGAAUGUUGGACUCAACAGGGUGAUUGGAGCCUGGGUGGAGUGAUUAUAUUUAGGGCUGUGACGAUUAUAGAUUAAUUGUUGUGCAAAUGGCCAUGGUUAUUGCCAUAAUUGAGCUUGUAAUGCAUCUUUACAAAUUAGCUAUGAGAUACCUAAUGAAUACAACAUAGUUUUGUUGACACACCCCUGUCUCAAAAACAAAUUGUUUUGACUGCUGGGAAUUUUUUAAAUGAAGCUUCUAUUAACUAUUAACCAUGCUGUUCUGCUUGCAAAAUGAUAACCAACGUUACCCACCCAUGUUGUAGGUGUGGUUCCCUUGCACACACUGAAUAAAUGUAAUUCAACCACUGAAAACCUUCCCAUUUUCUGGCCAACAGAUUUCAUUCAAUAGGGUUUUCAGUACAUUUAUCUAAAGCCAUCCCUUUGAAUACGGUGUACCUUUAAUUAAAAUGUUCUCGACAAACUCACUACAAUAUGUAUCAAGAGAAUGGGUUCAGAAUAGGGAUCAAUCGAAGCAAGCCAUGGAAAUACACACAUAUUCAUCACCAAUUGGUAGAUUUUAAAAUACUCUGAUUUUAUAGAUUAUUUAGGCUUAGGAAAGUAUUUAUAAAUCAUACAUAAAC